UUCACCACCCUUUCGGCGCUACCCUCUCUCGCUCUCUCUCUCUCAGUGAUGAGCUUCGAGGGAAUCGACGAAUGGGAUGAGAACUUCCUCGACGAAGCGAUUCGCAUUGAACUCGAAGCUCUAUCGUCAAGAAACCUCCCUUCCGACCCACCGGAGCCAACAAUCCUUCGCCCUUCUUCCUACGCCGACCUUAAUUCAUCCUCUCGCCCUCACCGUGAUGCGAUCGAACCCCCAUACGGUCGCGUCCAAUUGCAUUCGGAGCGGGAGCCGGAGCCGGACUCCUUUGCUCCCAUACCUUCUUUUGGUCUCGGCGCAAGGGGUCUGGCUUUCGACGUUCGCGGUGGAGGCCUUAGCUUCUCACCCCCACGGGAGCUCUCCCAGAGACAUGUGGAGAAACCUAACUCGGAGAUGGAUUGCGAGAUCUUGGAACCUUGGAUUUCACGGGGUGAACGGUUCAGCGGCGGGGGCAUAACCGAGAGGGACAGGGAAGUAGAGAGAUUAAAGAGGGAGUUAGGCCGUGUCUCCAAGCAUCUCAAACACUUGGAACGUGAAUGCACGGAACUAAAAAAGGAAAAGACCAAGAAAGAUGAGCAACUUAAAUUGGUCUUUUCAGAGAUAGAAGCUAAAGAAGCUGAGAUCUACAAUUUGAAAAGUGGGAAAUUAGACCACCGUAAGUUGGAUUUUCAAAAUGCUGGGACUUUCAUUGACCAGGCUUGUCAUCAUCCUGUUAAUGAAGAUAACUGUACUUGGCACACAUCACAGGCUUUGGAUGGGACAUCAGAUUUUGUGUAUAGCAAAACCAAAGGAGAAAAUGGACCUUCAUCAUCACUCUCUUUGGAGCCACGUAUGUUUGAAUGCAAUGAACAUAAAGUAGAACAUGUUCAAACUACUGGAUUAGCUGAGUACCAUGGUUUGGUUGAUAAUAGUUCGAUUACCUGCACUGGUGUCAAUAUUCAGAAGAGUUGCUUUCCUAAGAAGGCUGCACAGUCAAAAGGGUGUAGAACUGUAGGAACACAAACAGAAAUUUGUCAGGACUGGGGCCAUUCUUCACUGGAGGAUUUGACUGAGUACCACAUUUCAAGCAAGCUGCUUAAUAUCUGGGAUUUUCCAAAUAGCCUAAUGACAGGGAAGAUUAUGAUUUCAAGGUUGCUUGUCUCUUGCACAGCGGAUUUUUGUGUGCUUUUCAGGUGCAUGAGUAUGACAUCCCACACAGAUCUGGAUUGUCAUGCAGAUAAAAGCUUUUCUCAUCACAUGACUUUGCAUGAUGAUGCACAAUCAGAACUAUCACUUGAUGCUUCUAAAGUGUCACGUCUCUAUGCAAUACUUACAAAGAUGCAUAAUGGGGUGUCACAAUUACAUGAUUUGCUUGAAGCCUUACUUGAAUUAUGCACUCUUGAAAAUGUUGUUGUUGUUCAUAGAUCCUUACGUAUAUUGCAUAUUUUCUUGCAACACUUGUUGAGUUAUGAGAAAAGGUCCAUCAAAAGGAAUAACAUUCUCGUUGGCCAACCUUUGAAUGACAAUAUGCAUAGAGGUCUGAGACAUCAAGACUGGUAUCAGAACAUGGACAUUCAUCAUAAAAGAACAUAUGGCGAGAAUGAAAAUUCAGGGUUACCAAUGGCAGAUAUAAGUUCUUUUGAUUUGGAAAAUCUGUGCAUGGACAAAGUGGGAAGUGACUGUGACAUUAAGUUUCUUUCUUCAGAAAGUUUGGUUUCAAUUUUUAAAUGUAUGCAGCUAGUAGCCAUGAAGAAUAUGAAAGAGGAUGUCCGAAUUGAAGCCUUAGGUGUGAUGAUUCUUAUUAUGAUGGAAAGUAACCCAAGUACAGAGAGGGAUAAGUUUGGGCUGAUGUCGUUGUUGGAAGUUCUACCUAAGUUGCUUCAAAAGGAAGCUGGCCCACAUGUACAAAAGCAUGCUCUUCGUCUAUUGUUCUUGCUCCUGAACUGUCCGAAGAUGCUGUUACUGUUUUCUAAUGGAGGUAAAGAGAAUGAUGAGCAUGCAGAAACAGUUGAUCAUAGUGUUGCGCUAGAAGAUGCAGUGAACUUGAUUCUUGAGGGCUUGUCGAAAUGUUUAUUACCUGCUGGAACUGGUGAUCUGGAACUCAAGCUUCAUAAACAAGCAAUUAUACUGUUAGCUUAUGUAGCAUCAUGCGGGAAAUCUGGUUUUGAAAUACUUUUAAAGUCAGUAGGGCCUCGGGGUGUAAAUUUCUUGCAGAUAAUUAUACAAGUUUUGGCAUCUGAGUUGGACAUAGAGAUUGCUGGUUGUGCCCUUCCUCGAACCCUCUGCAAGGAAAGGACCUCAUUGUUCAGAGAGGCACUCAUUCUCUUGAAUCGAUUAGCAUCACAUCCUAUAUAUUCCAAAGCUACAAUGGAAGCACUCACAAGCAGCAACCCGAUUGCCAGCUUGACUGUUGAUGUUGUGAGUAGGUUACCUCUUAGAAGCAAAAGUUUAUUUAAGUAUGAUGAUGCAAUGAAGUCACAGAUGGAGGCUGAGACCACAGAUUUAGCACAGUUGUUUAGAACACGAGUUUUUGCCUUCGUAGGAGGAAAACAUAUCAGUUGAUUACUCCGAGAGACGGUAUGCAACUGGCUGUCAGCUAGUUUAUUUCUCUGAGAAAGAAUUCCUCUUUACCGAGAGCUCGUGCUGCACUGCAGACGGGAACUGUUUUUUGAUGGUUUUGCAUUACUUUUGCAGCCAUGUUAAGCCGUAUAUAAGUUAAAUGAGAAUGUCGAAGGAGUUGGGGUCACGUAACGUAACACGAUAGCAUUAUUAGUAUUAGUUGAUGGAUAAACUGACCUUUUUUUGUCAAAUUAUGGAGUCUAUUUAUGGUUGAGAGUCACAAAAUCUUGUACAACUAACCGGAUGAUGAAAUGAAAAUUUUGACUUGGCAUGAGCAUCAGGAGAUAUG